AUGGUCACAGUCAAUCACUUCAACAUUAAGCGCCAGGCGCACACGCUCAGCCGUAGCAGCACCGACCAGUCUUGGAAUCCUUUCCGUCAUGUCGCUUGGGACCGUCGAGAACGCGCUCUCUCGGACGCCGGCCGUCUCGAGCAACAACAGAACAAUGACAACCUAGGCGAGAAGUUGGCACACGCCAGUACAGAGCCUGGACGCAGCGGGCCUGCGAGGGAAUGGUCCACAGCAGAGACCAUGGCCGAGACGAAGCGGAGCAGAGAAGGAGACGAGGCUGACAGGGAGAGGCUAAGCGGAAGCUCUCCUGUUGAUGACAUUCCCGUCUCUCAGCGCUCCCUCGUAGGGGACGGCAGUCUGCGAAACAGAAAGCCCGAAGACUCUCGAGGAGUCAUUGACGACAAUGCCAACAACAAUGCUGACUAUCAGGAGAGGAAAAAGAAGCUCCAGAAGCAAGAGUCUAACAAGCUCUUCCGCAAUGUCCAACCCAAGGAGCCCUUUACCGUCGCGAACCAGCUCCAGCGCACCUUUCUCAACUCAUGGAUCAACAUCCUCCUCGUCGCUGCCCCCGUCGGUAUCGCCCUCAACUAUAUCCACAGCGUCAACCGCAUCGCCGUCUUCGUCGUCAAUUUUAUCGCUAUUAUCCCCCUUGCCGCUAUCCUCAGUUUCGCUACCGAAGAGAUUGCUCUGCGAACCGGUGAGGUUCUGGGUGGUCUGAUCAAUGCUACAUUUGGCAACGCUGUCGAGCUCAUUGUUGCUAUUCUCGCGCUCGUGGACGGAAAGGUCAUCAUCGUGCAGACCUCGCUCGUCGGCUCCAUUCUCUCGAACCUGCUGCUUGUCAUGGGCUUCUGCUUCUUCUUUGGUGGUUUGAGGAGACAGCAGCAAUACUUCAACGAGACGGUGGCUCAGACAGCCGCUUCGCUGCUUGCCCUCGCUGUCGCGUCUGUCAUUGUCCCUACCGUCUUUGACUGGGCCAGUGAGACCCCCGAGAAGUCUGUUGCUGAUCUCUCCCGUGGCACUGCUGUUAUUCUGCUUGUUGUCUAUGGCGCCUAUCUCAUCUUCCAGCUCAAGACACACCAGAGCGUCUUCGCCGAGGAGAGUCAAAAGGUUGCAGCGAAGCCCUGGUCUCGCAGUGGUCCUGCCUCAAGCGGUAUCCGUCAGGGGCUCAUGGUCCCUGGCGCCUUGGUCGGUGGCGGCAUGGCUGGUCGCGAUGAGAACGAGCGCCUGACCGAGAUGAUUAUGAACCCUGAGAGACUGGAGGGUGAGGAGGACGAGGAAGAGGAGCCGCAAUUGCACUUCUGGGUCGCCGUGGCUACGCUCACCUUUGCUACCGUCCUGAUCGCCCUGUGCGCUGAAUUCAUGGUGGACUCGAUCGACGCCGUGACAAAGGAUGGUGGUGUCUCGGAGGAGUUUGUCGGCCUGAUCCUCCUCCCCAUUGUCGGAAACGCUGCCGAGCACGCCACAGCCGUGACCGUGGCCAUCAAGGACAAGAUGGACCUGGCCAUUGGUGUUGCUGUUGGUUCGAGCAUGCAAGUUGCCCUGUUCCUGAUCCCACUGCUGGUCAUCAUUGGAUGGGGCAUGGGCGAGGAGAGCAUGAACCUCAGCUUUGACCUGUUCCAGGUCGCUGUCAUGUUUGUGGCUGUGUUGCUUACCAACUAUCUCAUUGCCGAUGGCAAGAGUCAUUGGCUAGAGGGCUGGUUGCUGAUCUGCCUCUAUGCCAUUAUUGCAACUUGUUCAUGGUGGUAUCCCACCCACUCUGAUGAAUAA